AAACCCCUUCUUCUCUCUAAUCCAUCCAUCCAUCCUGCACUGUUAAACAACAAUAAUAAUCUCUCUCUCUCUCUCUCUCUCUAUCUAUCUACUUUUUUGUUCCAAUCAAUCAGUCUCUCCAUUUGAAGAAAAGAUGGUUGUUGUGGAUGGGAUUCAUGGGAACAACAGAGGUAAUACUUGCAGCAGCGUGGACUCUAAAGAAUUACGUGAAGAAGAUAAUCUGGAUUUAAGGAGAGGUCCAUGGACGAGCGAGGAAGAUCUGAAGCUCAUGAAUUACAUUGCUAAUAACGGCGAAGGAAGAUGGAACUCUCUCGCUCGUUGCGCAGGACUUAAUAGGACUGGAAAAAGUUGCAGAUUGAGAUGGCUUAACUAUCUCCGCCCCGACCUACGUCGCGGAAACAUCACUCUCCAAGAACAACUCAUGAUCCUCGAACUUCAUUCUCGAUGGGGAAAUCGAUGGUCGAAGAUAGCGCAGCACUUGCCAGGCAGAACCGACAACGAAAUCAAGAACUAUUGGAGAACUCGGGUCCAAAAGCACGCGAAGCAGCUCAAAUGUGACGUCAACAGCAAGCAAUUCAAGGACACCAUGCGUUAUCUAUGGAUGCCUAGACUUGUCGAGAGAAUCCAAGCCGCUUCAGCCACAACCACCACGACCGCCGCCGCCACCCCCCGGCUAGUGAGCUUACCCUGCGAAAGUGCACACACGAUCUCUUCGAGUACUUACACUCCAGAGAACUCCAGCACUACUGGCACUUCCUCCGACUCGUUUGGGACUUCGACUCAGGCUUCAUCAGACUUGGGCGUGGAGUAUAAUUACAACAAUAUCCCGGUUAAUCACAACCUUAAUCUGGAUCACUAUCAAGCCAAUCAAGGCGGUAAUUAUCAGGACUUCGCUGUUAGUACUGAUCUGUCCGGGUAUUACGGUACUCAGGGAUUGGAUUUUCAGGAACAGAACAACGUUAAUCCAUGUUUGAACAGUGAGGACACAUCGGACAUUCUUUGGAAUAUGGAGGACAUUUGGUUCUUACAACAGCAACUCAACAGCAUGUGAACAGUUGGAAAAAUUAAAAAGAAAAAAACAAGAAGAAGAAGAAGAAUUAUUAUAGAGAAAACAAAUUAGGAUAAAUAUAUGCAUAGAGAAAAUUGGGAUACAAGUUCCAAUUGUGGAUUAUUAGUAUUGGUAUUGUUAUUCUUGACUUUGUGUUUCUUUUUUCUUUCUUUUGUUUGUUUUGGGGAGGUUGUUGUCAAUUUAAUUGGUUAAUCUCAUUCUUUCUUUGAUAUUUAUUACUA